ACCCAGAACCCCCUGAAGAAGAUCUGGAUACCGUACAGCAAUGGGAGGCCCGCUCUGCACGCCUGCCAGCGCCGUGGAGUAGCUGAAACAUUAUAAUGAAUUUGCAAGUUGGCAAGGACCUCAGAGAACAUCUAGUCCAACUUGUACAGAUAUAGAAAUGGAGAUCAGGAGAUUGUGUGAUGUGCUAAGGUCUCCCUGUACUCCUUGACCUCUGCUUGGGCAUGAUAAGGGAGGGGAGAGUGCUCUGUUCUUGUUUUGCCUUGAGGCCAGCCUGGGGGCCCUGGCUUUGACCAAGAUGUAAGUCCUGUGGGUGGGCUGUGUGUAUCUCUUACCACACUGGGUCCUGGUAGGGGGUGGCCAUGGUUUUGACCGGGCAUUCUGGUGGGUCAUGGCUCUGACCAUGAUGUAGGUCCGGGUAGGAUGCUGAGGUGGUGAUCAGGCUCUUAGCCCCGGAGCGAUGGCUUUCCAGUCAAUACUCAGUCCUGAGAGGCAAUGGCGACCGCCUAGCCCGCCCUCCUUCCAGGCUUUUCUGGAGGGACCAAGGCCAAGGCCCCUUGCUCUUGUGCUUCUAGCCAGUCUGUGUUGUCCUAAUGAGGGAAUGGCCGCUGUUAUUACAUAAAGGGGAAGAAGUCAGAACCUGGGCUUUGAAGGCAGGAACACUCAAGCCGCAUCAUGGCUCAGUUGUGUGACCUUGGGCAAGGAGCUGACCCGCUAGGCCAUGGGUUCCUCAUCUGUGGGGUGGAGACAGUCAUCAUCCCAGCUCCCAGGAGCUGCUGUGAGCCUCUUUUCAAGGAGAUGCUUGAUAAGUGGUGGCAGCUGGUGCUGUCAUUUCGCCACCACCCUUCUUUGCUUCUCAGUACCUCAGAAUCAGGAACUGAAGCAUCAGCUCUGAGCCAACCCCCAUUCCAGAUGGCAAAGAUGCUGAGGCCCAGUGGGGAGGGGCCUGUGUUUCUCCAAGCUCCAAGGAUGCGGUGAAAAUAUGCCUCUGGCCUGAGCAGAGGGCCUUCUGUGUGGCACUGUCUCAGGGUGUUACAGUAGGUGAGACUCUGGACUGGCCCACCACAGGAGGGCUUCCUGGAGGAGGAGGCACCCAAGAAACCGAAGAUGAGACCUGCAGAUUGUAUGGGGGUUUGGGCCCCAGGCAAGGGUCCCUGAGUUCACAGCAGGGAGUAAGCCAUGAGUGAACAUGGAACCUGUCUGGGCAGCACCCGCAGUCCCCAGAGCCUGUUUUCAUGUAGCAUUUUACCCCCUGUAUGGUAGAUUUAUAACUUGGUGGAAGACCACAAAGACAGGUGAGGACCUGAGGGUGGGGGAUGGGUGGAAGCUGACCCGAUCACAGGGCUUUGUAGAGAAGAGGAUAUGGAGCCCCUGGUUGGUCUGUGCUGUGUAGUGGGUUGUCUUUGGCGUUUAGUCCCUGGCCCCUGAGGGCUCCAGGGGCUGCGCGGCUGUGCCUCCUCCACCCCUACUCUCCAUUAGCAAUUCUUAUUCCUUUGGUGAAACUCAGAGCUAAGCAUGAGGGCCUGGAAGCUGUUACCUUCUUCAUCUUUUACGCCUCAGCUCAGCCUUGGAGGAGCUCUGGGGGCAGGUCGGGCAGGGGCUGAAGAAAGGACUCGGAGCAUGCCAGAAAGGACAGUGCUGGUGAUAGCCUUUAUUAGCAAAAAGGUAGCAAGAACUUCUUGGCUAGGGACACAACUGGAAUGUGCACAGGACAAUAGGAGAGGUGACUUUCUGUCCCCUCUGAACAGGACAGUGAUGCCAGGUUGCUUUCUUUUUAAAGAGUUCUCCCUUCCCCAGCCUGGCCCCAAGGAAGUGGGAGCAGGUGCAGUUCUGGAACCUUCUCCAGGACUUGUGGCUGCCCCUGAGGUGGCCCACCAGAAAGUCAUCACAGGGUAGCACCAGGCUUGUCCCGGGCCUCUUGAUUCCUAGGGCACUUGCGGCCCUAAGCAAAUUUAUAGGAAAAGGAACGAGUGAGUCCUGGUUGACCACCCUGCCUGCCUACUGUGGCCGUGCAUGGGACCAGGGAGGAGAUCCUGUCACCACACACUGGGGGAGAAGGCCAGGGCUGUCUCUGGGAAGUUUGCAUGACCAACUGCCCGACGCUCAUUGUCAUGGUAGGCCUGCCCGCCAGGGGCAAGACCUACAUCUCUAAGAAGCUGACUCGCUACCUGAACUGGAUUGGCGUGCCCACUCGUGAAUUCAACGUUGGCCAGUAUCGCCGGGACAUGGUCAAGACGUACAAGUCUUUUGAGUUUUUCCUUCCAGACAAUGAAGAGGGCCUAAAAAUCAGGAAGCAGUGUGCACUGGCAGCCCUCUGUGAUGUCCGGCGGUUCCUCAGUGAGGAGGGGGGACACGUGGCGGUUUUUGAUGCAACGAAUACCACCCGAGAGCGGAGAGCGACCAUCUUUAAUUUUGGGGAACAGAAUGGCUACAAGACCUUUUUUGUGGAGUCCAUCUGUGUGGAUCCUGAGGUCAUAGCUGCUAACAUUGUGCAAGUGAAACUGGGCAGCCCUGACUAUGUGAACCAUGAUAGUGACAAGGCCACGGAAGAUUUCAUGCGGCGCAUUGAGUGCUAUGAGAAUUCGUACGAGUCGCUGGAUGAGGACCUGGACAGGGAUCUGUCCUACAUCAAGAUCAUGGACGUGGGGCAGAGCUAUGUGGUGAACCGGGUGGCUGAUCACAUCCAGAGCCGCAUCGUGUAUUACCUCAUGAACAUCCAUGUGACCCCUCGCUCCAUCUACCUCUGCCGGCACGGGGAAAGUGAGCUCAAUCUCAAGGGCCGGAUUGGCGGGGACCCGGGACUGUCCCCCCGGGGCAGGGAGUUUGCCAGGAGUCUGGCCCAGUUCAUCCGUGAUCAGAACAUCAAGGACCUGAAGGUCUGGACGAGCCAGAUGAAGAGGACCAUCCAGACAGCCGAGGCCCUGGGUGUGCCUUAUGAGCAGUGGAAGGUCCUCAACGAGAUCGACGCGGGCGUCUGUGAGGAGAUGACUUACGAAGAAAUUCAGGAUCAUUAUCCACUGGAAUUUGCCCUACGGGACCAGGACAAGUACCGGUACCGGUACCCCAAGGGGGAGGGUAUCACAGGCAUCAUGUUCUCCCCGUGGCUCCAGACACAGAGUCCUGAAUAUAGACCUAGGGAGACCUUCCCCUGUUUAGUCGUGGCCACAAGAAGCCAUGUGCUCGGACACCUUCCCUCAGGCUGGCUCCUGCCUCAGUCCAGGCCCCAGUCCUACGAGGACCUGGUCCAGCGCCUUGAGCCUGUCAUCAUGGAGCUGGAGAGGCAAGAGAAUGUGCUGGUCAUCUGCCACCAGGCUGUGAUGCGCUGCCUCCUGGCCUACUUCCUUGAUAAGGCGGCAGAACAGCUGCCCUACCUCAAGUGCCCGCUGCACACCGUCCUGAAGCUGACCCCCGUGGCUUAUGGUUGUAAAGUGGAGUCCAUAUUCCUGAACGUGAUGGCUGUGAACACGCACCGGGACAGGCCUCAGAAUGUAGACAUCUCGAGGCCCCCGGAGGAAGCCCUUGUCACGGUCCCUGCUCACCAGUGACCAUGAAUCAUCCACUGCGACCCCCAGGCAGGUAUGGACCUCUGCAAAUGAGGUCCUUACAGGCCCCCUGGCCCGUGUGAGUUUCUCUGCUGGAACAUCCCAGAGCCCGUGCACCAGCCCCCCGCUUCCUUGUUAAUGGUGACGGGGUUAGACGUGGUGCCCAACCUGCUGCUAUAAAGCAUUUGGCCAGACUGCAUCCGCCCGGGGCUGGUGAGAGGUGUCCUCACAAGCUGGUCUUGCUGUUGCUGCUCUGAGGUGCUCUCUCCCUGGUCGCUGGGCUCUGUGAAGUGUGAAGCCCUAAACAUGUGAACAGAAAGCCCGGCUAGGAGGUUCCCACCGCGGCCGAGCGGUCUGAGGUGGACCUGGCGACCCCAGCAGGGACUCUGUUGUCUCCUCUGUGUGGGACCCUGAGCUCUGCUGCCGGGGCUGUGAGGGAGUGCCCUUCCCGUCCUGCCAGGAACCUGAGAGCCGCCGAGGCCGCCACCUCGUGUCGAAGCCGCUCAUGAGCUCCACGUGCUCACUUCAGCAGAAGCAUGCAGGGAGCGCGGGCUUUGGGGUCACCCCUUGUCGAUGGCGCAUACACUGGAACAUUUGGGGGAGUUGGUGGCCAAGGCCACACCUGCCCAACGGCUGUCACGGUGAAAGCACGUAAAGUCAGGGUGGUCGCGUGAACACCCAGGUGCUCGAGGGAGAGGGUCCCACCUCGCCCUCCCGGCCAUGCUCCCCAGGCUACCUCUCCCCCGUUGCUGCCUGUGUCCACACAGGAGCGGACCCUGGUGGCAGAGAAAUGCAUUUGCUGUGAAGCAUUCAGAGAAAAAAGCCUGUCCUGGCGUUCGCUGACCUCCACCUGUGGGGAAAGGCCGGAAACCCGAGGCACCCUGUCCAGGGGAGGAUGUUCCCAGCAUGGCGCAGCUUCGGCUUCCCGUGCAUGGGAGCCUGGCAGAGAACCACCCCGGGAGGCUGCUGUCUGUCACGAGCCCCUGAGUUCCUUUGGGUCCAGAGAGGCAGGCUGGGCAGUGGGUUCUGGCUCCAUCUUGUAGAUGGGCAGGAGGCCUGGCCAGCAAGUCGAGAGGCUGGGUGAGGAGGUGUCGGUGUCUGUAGUCGGAUGCCCUGCUGUCCACAAGUGGGUCCUCAUCCAGGAUCCCGAGCCCACCUUGUACCCGGAAGCUUCCCUGGCAGGACAGCCCACCUUUCCCAGCCUCCCGGGGCUUUAAAGCCUGCAGGUGCCACCUGCCCCUGAGGGGAGCGCGUGCCCCUGCCCCAGCUGGUGGUCUCUCAGCCUCGUGCACUGCAGUGGCCGUGGACAGACCUGGUAGAGGGCUGGGGCAGGAGCUUCUGGACUUAACUCCUGCCAGAGCCCUUAGCCCUGGACUCAGGACCAGAGGACCAUGCCACUGCCUUUGGGACAUGGGGACCACAGCCCUUGUUUCCAUGUCCCCCAGAGUUUUGGUGACUUGGUCACAUGGACAGUUACUUGUUGGCCAUAGUGGGUUUCUUUGGUUGGCGGGCUGUAUGUCUGGAUGUCCGCACCUCUCCAGGACCUCAGGCUGGCUAAGGCAGGACCAGCGAGGCCUUUUCUCUGUGCCCAGAGGGCAGUCAGGAGCUGCUGGACCCGGAGUGUUACAAGAACUGGGGUAGGGCAGAGGGAAGCCUAGGGGCAUGGCAGGGUUGGGGCAGCUCCUCUCUGCCUCUGCCUGGAGUGCUCUCUGCAUGGGCAGCAACCCUCUGGGUUGGCUGUUGGGUUUUAUCCUUGACGGUCGAUGUGCUUGUGUCGAAGACGUUUUCCCAUUCUCCCUGGAGUGGGUGGUGGUGGAUCUCAGCCACACAUCACACUGUGUCCAGCAUUCUUUGCAAUAAAUACUUAAGAAAAAAAUUGGA